CAUUUGACCCACAGUUAGCUAGCUACUAGCAUUAGCUAUAGUAGGCAUUGUUAUUUAGUGAGACAGGCUUCCUUCAAAGUAUUUAUUAUAUGAACAUUACAGUCUGAUUUUGUUGGUAAAAUUAGGGAGGCGGCUUUGUAGUUACUGUAAAAAACAGCUGAGAACGCCAGUGUUGUUGCCCUCUUCUAACUGAAGGCUGGCUAGAAGCUAUCUAGAACUAGCUAAGUUUGUGAAGCUGUGUAUUUCUUUUUUACUUUUUCAGUCUUUGCCUGGAAGAAAAGGUAAAUGUUGAAGAUCCCUUGGUCAUCGGGGUACAUCACAGAGGUGACGGUGCGCAGGAGAUGCAAUCCGUGCUUCUGCGUCUGGCUGUAGUAGCGGUCCCUAUGGGUUUGCUACUUUCCAGAAGCAUGGCGUGGAUGUCCAGUGGCAAAACUCAUGUGGAACUCAUCAGUCGUUUGAGAGAUCAUGGGGUAAUCCGCAGCGAUCGUGUAUUUGAUGCCAUGGUUGCCACUGACCGAGGGAUAUACUCCAGAGAUUACCCCUAUGCAGAUUCUCCUCAGUCAAUAGGUUACAAGGCUACCAUCAGCGCACCGCAUAUGCAUGCCCAUGCUUUGGAAGUCCUUAGUGACAAGCUUACAGAUGGGGCCACUGCAUUAGAUGUUGGCUCUGGAAGUGGUUACCUCACUGCUUGCUUUGCCAGGAUGGUAGGGCCGACUGGGAAAGUUGUCGGGAUAGAUCACAUUGAUGAGCUGGUACAAAACUCUGUGAGAAAUGUUCAAGCGGAUGAUCCAGAGCUUCUUUCCUCUGGCCGGAUUAGGCUUUUAGUGGGUGAUGGGAGACUGGGCUUUCCAGAACAAGCCCCCUACGAUGCCAUUCACGUAGGAGCAGCAGCACCAACAAUUCCAAAGGCAUUGCUGGACCAGCUGAAGCCUGGUGGGAGACUCGUGCUACCCGUGGGGCCGGAAGGAGGGAGUCAGGUUUUGGAACAGUAUGAUCGCCAGACCGACGGGACCUUCCUCAAAAAGGCCCUCAUGGGGGUGGUGUACGUCCCACUUACAGACAAGAACCAUCAGUGGCCCAGUGGUGAGCUCUGACUGCGGUCUGGUUGCCCCUGAUAGGUGGCGCUGGUGCUGCAGCUCUGGGUGCCUGUAGGCCAGAAGGAAAGGCUUGACUCAUCCAGGCUCCGAGCGCUGCCUAGCAACACUCGCAAGCCCCCACCAGUCAGCUCUUGCGCUUGCAGCUCGUCAUCCCCCCUCUGUGCUCGCCGACCAUGACAGAAACACAAGGCUGUAGUGCCUGAUGUGAAGAUGAUAAUGUUGAUCGAGAUCAGAUAGUGAGUGAGCACUGUGAUGCUUUGCAGUUCCUUCCCUUUUAUGUUGGCAAGUUGAAAAGGUCUAACAUGUGGCUUUAAGGGAAACUAAUUUGGCUUCUGUUUUUAUGAGAUUCUUCAUUUAUUUUUUUUCUCAUGGAGGGGUGGGUUUCUACCACCUAAUAAACGCAAAUAUGUUUAGUGUAUGUGUUCAUAAAAUAGCACAUUGAUGGUCAACAAACAAAGAUGUCUAUUUGAUGAUAGGGCUGCAACAAUCAAUUGGUUGUCAACUAUAAAUUAAAGGCCAACAGUGACUGUAAUUGGUAAAUCGGUUAUCGAUCAUUUUUUAGGAAAGGAAAAUACCUAAUUUAUCUGGUUGCAACUUCUUAAACUUGAGUUUAUUAACCUGACCUACUCCUCUAUGACAGUAAACUAAAUAUAUUAAUCAAACAACUAAUUGAUUAAUUGAGAAUAUAAUCAACAGAUUACUCAACUAUGAAAAUAAACGUUAGUUGCAGCCCUAUUUCAUGAUGGUGUGAGACUGCUAGUCUACUUAAUUCAUUUGUAAGUGUUCAUUGUAAUGUUUUGUCCUGAAUGACUCUACAGACUGAAAAUUGGCUGUACUUAAGUUGCGUGUAUUUCAUAUUUAUAAAUAAAGUAACCGUAUCUCCAGUGA